GGGUUACGCUAAUAAUAUUUUGCAGGUGUUGCUGGGAAAAUGAGAAGACAUUUUUUCCUGGUGUUUCUGCUCCUUCUCGUCAAACUUCGAUGCAGUCGGUCUAAAUGCGACGAUCCCGAGUCACGCAAGCCAACUUCACUUGAAAAUCUGGGAAUAAAUAAUCCUAAACGGAACCUCAUGAGGAGGUAUAGCGAUUUGGAUUAUGACAGUUUUGUAGGUUUGAUGGGCAGAAGAGAUGCUGCUGAUGCAAACACGGUGCAACGCCCACUAAAAAGGGAAAUGCAUGACAUCUUUGUUGGAUUAAUGGGAAGAAGAAAUUCUGAGCCUAACAGCGGUCCCUGGAGGAGAGCAUACCCAGAGAGGAGAGGGAUAUUUCUGAAUAAGUGUAGGCUGAGGUUUCUUCAUGGGCUGUGACAGAACAGGAAGCACAAACAUCCUCACAAUGAAGGAGCCGCUUGACUGAGAACACGAAUCACAUUAGAAAUCUGCCAAGCAGCCAAUGAAAUAGAACACGCAUUCUUCACUACCUGAUUCAACGUUCCAAAUAAACUUACUUUGAUACGUGCUCUUUUACUGUGAUGGUGAAUACUCAAUACACAGCUAUGAUUGCUCUCCUGAAAUUGCUCGACAAAAAGGAUUCAAUAAUGAUUUGUAAAUUUGGGGCUUACGCGCUUAUAUGAAAGUAUGAGGUGCCUCAUGGAAGAAUACAUCCUGUAUCUGGCUGUUUUUCUUUCCUGCUGGCUGCGUAUUUCAGGGCACAGUGAAAAGAAACGCAAUAUUGAAAAAAAUUUCACAUUCCAAAAUUUGGAGGAAAGUAUUAAUGGAAAAAAAAUACAAAUAAAUCAAUAUUCCACAUC